GCCGUGUUUUUGUACCGCCGCAAAAAAAAAAAAUCGAAAUCAAUCUAGAUGCUCUGUAGCUACUUACCAUUUGAAAAUUAAUUAGUUGCGCCUACAUUAUGCUGAAGUAUUACCCAUCAUAGAACAAAGCUAUUUUCGAUCAUCAGAAACACGGUAAAAAGGAGUCUUCCCCAACAUUCGGUGAUACUCAACGCAGAGCAAACCAGAGCAGCAGCCACACAUUAUUAGCAGCAGGAGAAGCAGCCACCGACAGUUUCCAGUUCCAGUUGGUGCCCCAAAAAAAUGGAUAGCAAGGGACGCAAUGUCAUUGUCUGUGAUAACGGCACAGGGUUUGUGAAGUGCGGCUAUGCCGGCAGCAAUUUCCCCGCCCACAUCUUCCCCUCGAUGGUGGGGCGACCCAUUAUCCGGGCGGUGAACAAAAUCGGUGACAUCGAAGUGAAGGAUUUACAUGUCGAUGAUCUGAUGGUCGGCGAUGAGGCCUCACAGCUGCGAUCAUUACUGGAGGUCUCCUAUCCGAUGGAGAACGGCGUGGUCCGCAACUGGGACGACAUGUGUCAUGUGUGGGACUAUACGUUCGGGCCCAAGAAGAUGGACAUUGAUCCGACAAACACAAAGAUACUGCUGACAGAGCCACCCAUGAAUCCCACAAAGAAUCGGGAGAAAAUGAUUGAGGUGAUGUUCGAGAAGUACGGCUUUGAUUCCACAUACAUUGCCAUUCAGGCGGUGCUUACGCUGUACGCCCAGGGCCUGAUAUCGGGCGUUGUUGUCGAUUCCGGUGAUGGGGUUACUCACAUUUGUCCUGUCUACGAGGAGUUUGCCCUGCCACAUUUGACGCGUCGUUUGGAUAUUGCCGGACGUGAUAUCACCCGCUAUCUGAUUAAGUUACUUUUACUACGUGGAUACGCCUUCAAUCAUUCCGCUGACUUCGAAACAGUUCGAAUAAUGAAAGAGAAGCUCUGCUACAUCGGGUACGACAUCGAGAUGGAGCAGCGUCUGGCCCUGGAGACCACGGUGCUGGUCGAGUCCUAUACGUUACCCGAUGGCCGGGUGAUCAAGGUGGGGGGCGAAAGAUUCGAGGCCCCCGAAGCUCUAUUCCAACCGCAUUUAAUCAAUGUCGAGGGCGCCGGCAUUGCGGAGCUGGUCUUCAAUACGAUCCAAGCGGCGGACAUCGACAUACGGCCAGAGCUUUACAAGCAUAUAGUCUUGUCUGGUGGUUCCACCAUGUAUCCGGGCCUGCCCAGUCGAUUGGAGCGCGAGAUCAAGCAAUUGUAUCUGGAGCGAGUGCUGAAGAACGAUACGGAAAAGUUGGCGAAAUUUAAAAUACGCAUUGAGGAUCCACCGAGACGGAAGGAUAUGGUCUUCAUUGGCGGCGCCGUUUUGGCGGAGGUGACGAAGGAUCGGGACGGCUUUUGGAUGUCCAAGCAAGAGUAUCAGGAACAGGGUCUCAAAGUAUUGCAAAAACUGCAGAAGAUCAGUAACUAGGAGCAGGAUUCUGGUUGAGAUUGGGAUUGAGAGAUGACGAGGAUGAACAAGUGUAGCCUUAGUUUUAAUAUUUUCUUUCGGCUUUCGGAGUGGAAUUAGGAGACAUCAACCCGAUAGAAACGAAGGGAAAUACCUGACAAUCCCCCCGUGUGAUUGAAUGUUCCGUCAACAUGUGGCUCCCUGCGAGCUUCCAUGUAACGCUUUAAGUGUAACCCCACUGCCGCCUUCUUUGUGUCAACUUGAAAUAUUACAUAUAUGUUUACUGAUUAUCUGAUUAUAAUUAUGUGAUUAAUUACCACGUAACACCACCACCACAACCCCUCGUUCUUUAUUUUUCCCACAAUGCAUGUCCCCUGGCAUAAAGUGUAUUGAUAUUUUUUUAAA